AUGAAGGUCGCCGUGGUGGUCUCGGUUGCUGCUCUCCUGGCUCCAUUCGCGUCGGCAGCAUCUGACCUCACAUACUGUGCUUCAGACAACACGGGGUCUUCCUUCAAAGCAGUUGCCGACACAUUUCAAUCGAAUGGAUUAUGCCUGAAAACUUGCGCCAGUUACGCCCUAGCUAUCAUACAAGGGAAGAAAUGCUGGUGCUCGAAUGUUGCUCCCUCCAAAGGGGCACGAUCCGAAACCUCCGAGUGUGAUACUUCGUGCCCAGGUUAUCCCGCAGACAGUUGUGGAAGUGCAUCCAAAGGAGUCUACGCCUAUGUGAGAAUCGCCGGCAACGAUAUAACUAGUACGGCCGGUGGGUCAUCAACCUCGACCACUUCAUCAGAGUCAAGCACAACUACAAGCUCAACCUCGGCAACUUCGUCGGAUGAUAAAACAACCACUACAUCGGCUACUCUCUCAGUGGAGACCAACUCUGGCGGCCAAGUCAAGACCAUCACUGUUCCUGGUUCAAGUCCGACUGGUGGCUCUAGUGCUGAUUCCGCAUCGGCUAAUGCCAGCACUACCGGCAGCUCCAACUUGAGCGGAGGUUCCAUCGCAGGCAUUGUGAUUGGUGUUCUUGGAGGACUUGCCCUGGUCGGUGCUCUCAUCUUCAUGAUCUUCUUCUACCGCAAACGCGCUCGUGCCGUCAGCCCUAUCCCAAGCCAGGAGAUGGCAGACGACAGAACCAGCAGAGGAUCGAGCUUCAUGGGAGGCCUCUUCCCACGGGGCAACGGAGAAGGCGGCGCUGGUGGACCUGUUCCCGCACGUUCCGCCACAACAUUCACUGAUCGGCGAAUGAAGACCAACACGCCUCUCUACCCGCACGGUGCUCGAGACAGCAGUGUUUCGCUACAAGACAACGAGGACUACUCGCGUCCUGUCCUUCGGCUCACCAACCCCGACUAA